AUGACAACAACACCAAGAAGAAGCAGCUUUGAAAAGAGUCCUUCUCGGAGCUUGUGGAAAGCUCUGAUCCCAAUGAAGACUACUAGUAACCGCAGAAAGAUGCAGAAAUCCGUGUCAUUUUCGGAUCAACUUCUAGUUGUACCAACAGCUGUCUGCCUAUCACCGGGGGACGAAGACACUCUUUGGUGGACAGAGGACGAACUAGAGAUCAUUGUCACGACUGCGAGAGUAAAGGGCGAGCUCGACGUAUACCGAGAAGGCAUUAUGAAAGCACAGUUUCAAAUUCGAGAAGUUCUCAAGGAACAAGAUCGAUUGAGACGGUCAGGGCAACUAGGCUCAGACUGGAAACCCAUUGCCAGAGUCAGCCGAAAAGGCUCCACGAAUGCAUCUCGUCAGGCCCGGAAGAACGGGAUCGAAUUCGAGAAUCAUAUGCUCCAAGACUGCGGCAAGAAUCUGAAGCCGCAACCUGCUGCUGCCAAAUGUGGUAGUCGCUGCACUGAUUGCGCACGCCUCGUUCGGUCGAAAUGGCUGAGAAUCCGGCCUCUACUCGAGUCGAAUCGGCAAUAA